UCCAGCCCCCAGCAGAGCCCACACUCUUCAUGGAAAGCCCAGCACAGUUCCCGUGGUGAUGGCAGCUGACAGCGAUGUGAAGAUGCUACUGAAUUUUGUGAACCUGGCGUCCAGUGACAUCAAGGCAGCCCUGGACAAGUCUGCACCCUGCCGCCGCUCUGUGGACCAUCGCAAGUACCUGCAGAAGCAACUCAAGCGCUUCUCUCAGAAGUAUUCCAGGCUCCCUAGGGGUUUGCCUGGCAGGGUGACAGAGCCUCACCUGCAAAGGGGGCCUGAAGAGAGGCCUGGGCAGCUGCCUCUCCAUCCCUGUCCAGAAUCCAACCCUGGCGGGGGUGGGGGCUACAAGGAGAAGGCCCUGGGGACCCCCUUCAGGGAGGAGUGCCUUUCUAAGGAGCAGAGCUUCCAGGGCCUGAAUCCAGAGGCUGCUAGACCUGGCCAGGUGCCCAUGAGGAAGAGACAGCUGCCUGCUUCAUUCUGGGAGGAACCAAGGCCCACCCUCAGCUACCCAAUGGGGCUGGAGGUGGGCCUCGCCCCCAGGGAGGCAUCUCUGUAUGAGAAUAAGAAAAAUUGCAAGGGUCUGGAGUCCCUGGGGCCUGAGACUGCUCCUGCUCCAUUGCCCAUGUCCCCAAGAGUGCUAGCUGACAUGGAGCCACUCAAGAUGUCUGGGGUAUCCUUGGUAGGCAGCCUUGAUGCCUGGAGCUACUGCCCAUUCCAGUACCAUGGACAGCCCAUCUUCCCCAGCCUUCCAGGGGUCCUACCUCAAGGCCCAGUACCCAGUCUGGGCUUGUGGAGGAAAAGCCCAGCCUCUCCUGUGGAGCUGGCCCACUUCUGCAAGGAUGUGGACAGUUCAGGGCCAAAAGUGUACAGACCUGUGGUUCUGAAGCCUAUCCCCACUAAGCCAGCCAUGCCUCCACCCAUCUUCAAUGUCUUCGGCUACCUCUAG